AUGAGCACACGUGAGACGAGGAGCGAAGCGCGCAAGAUGUUGCCUGCCCACCAGCCGUCCGGAGGAUCCAACCCGGGGCAAGGAUGGUCGACAGCCCGGCCUACCCGAACCUCGCGGCGGAUCUCCGGGCGGGGCGUCCCCGAGCCGGUCAUCAGCUCCGACAGCGACGUCGAGUUGGUAGAAGACCCACGGGUGGAGGAGCGGCGAUGGCGGCUUCGCAAAGCGGUCAACAGGGCCGACGGCCGCAUCCCGACUGGCGCGGCGGAGGUAGAGUGGGCCAGCGAAGAGCCGCCCCAGGACCAGCUGGCUCUCAGUAGCCAUGCCGAGGCUGUGGUAGCGGCUACAUGGGAAUUUCGACGGAAGUGCGAGGCGCGAAGGCGGAACGAGGAGCGGCGGUUGAAGGAGAUGGAGGAGUCGCCGGAGUGCCAGGCCCAACUGCGGAUGGCCGAGGAGGAGGAGCAGCAGCUGUGGGAAAACCCAGGUGGCAGAAGACUGGGCGUCCUCACCUCCGCGGUGGCUGCCCGAAAUCCCGCCCACACCGCGGUACGAGGGGUCACCACAGUGGACACCAGCACGACCACCCACGCCGAGCACCAGCUCGAACGCGAGCAGCCACCACCGCAGCAUCAGCCACCACCGCAGCAGCAGCACGAACGCGGGCAGCCACCACCGCAGCAGCAGCCCGAACGCGAUCGACGCCGGCAGCACGAGACCGAUCCGCCGCAGCAACAACACAUCCGGACGGACAUACCGGCGGCCCAUACGGUUGUCUGGACCUGGCCGGAGGGACCCGCGGAGGAGACGGCGGCGACGGAGGAGCCAAGAAUCUGGGAAGAGAGUGGUCCUCGGGUGAGCCCGCUGGAUCCCAGGACCCGCGGCAGACCGGAGCAUUGGGCCGCACCGACACCGAGCACCGGACCGACGACGCCAAGGACAGGGCCAUCGACGCCCAUGCCAACAGGGAGCGCGACGGUAACCGCGGAGCCAGAUGAGCGAGGACCCUGGGUGCGGCCUGAGCCCGUGGAAAGCGGCCGACCUCCGCUCAAGCGGCAGCACUCGGCGCCCGAAGUGUCCGAGGUGGUUUCGGCGCCGGAGGGCCAGCGAUGGCGAGAGAUCGCGGAGCACGAGUGGCCCGAAGGGAUCGCGGAGGCACCGGCGGUGAAGGAGGUUCGCAUCCUGGGCGGCAGGCGCAGCGUGCGGGGAUGGAGAGAGGGGCGCGCGUUCCGCGUCCGGUUGGGGCUGGCGGGCACGAGAGUGUUCGAGGAGCGCCCGAAUAAAGUUUGA